CUAACACCUUUCUAUUGUGACUGUGUACAAUACAUUGCUCUUUCAAUUUUUCUUUCUUCUUGUUCAUUCUUAUUCAUACUGAUAUGGGUAAGAAACUUGAUGCAUUGUUGGGAAGAAACAACUUCAGAAUUGAUAAAUUCAAACCAACUGUUAACCUCGCAAUCUCGCGUCUCGCUGUUCUCAAGAAUCAGCGAAACGUGCGUCUCAGACAAAAUCGUUCUGAUGUUCUUCAACUUCUCCAACUCCCCGAUCAUCAUAAACGUGCACUUCUUCGAGUGGAGCAUGUAAUCAAGGAGCAGAAUAUGCUGGAUGUGUAUGAUGAGAUUGAAGGAUACUUGAAUCUCUUGAUCGAAAGGAUUCAUCUCAUUGCACAAGAAAGAGAAUGUCCUGAUGAACUGCAAGAGGCAGCGUCUGGGAUACUGUUUGCGGCGUCUAGGUGUGGAGAUUUUCCGGAGAUUCAAGAGAUUCGUGCAAUUCUUACUUCUAGAUUCGGGAAAGAGUUUGCUUCACGUGCUAUUGAGUUGAGGAACAAUUGUAAAGUUAGUCUUAAGAUAGUGACGAAGCUUUCGACGAGGAUGCCGAGUCUAGAGAGUAGAAUGAAGGUAUUGAAGGAAAUUGCUUCCGAAAAUAAUAUUACUCUGCAGUUUGAAGAAGUUUCUUCGACUAAAGUUGAGGAACAAGUAACAAUUGAGGAAAAGAAAAACCAGCACAAGUUUGAGAAAAAGGAAGAAGAUAAUGAGCAAAAAAGUGAUUCUUUUAAGGGAAGGAAAAAGUAUAAGGAUGUAGCCGAUGCGGCACAAGCAGCUUUUGAGUCGGCUGCAUAUGCUGCAGAUGCUGCUAGAGCAGCAGUGGAACUUUCAAGAUUCCAAUCAUAUGAUCCUCGCGAUGAUGAUGAUGAUCACGACGAUAAUAGUUCAAGUCCUCAAUCAAGAAAAGUGUUGAAUGAACAUGAUCAUUCUGUGAAAGCUAUGUCUCCAUUGGAAGGGGAAGAAUCCAAUAAGAAUAUUGAAGAGUUAGAGAAAGCAAAAGAUGUUUUUAGUUCAAACUCAGAUGGUGAUGCAGUGGAUGAAGAAAUUGAGAGUGGAUCAGGACUUGUAUUGGAAUCCAAGAUGGGGAGUACACCUUUUAUUGAUUUAGAGAAGAAGCCAUUUUCAGUGAGGACCAGAAAGGUGCAAGGUUAUUGAGUAAGGAUGAUUUGUUCGUAAGUAUGUAGCAUAUGACUUAAGUUUUGAAACUAUAAAUCUAAGGCUAUUUUAAGUUCAUCUUUUUGGCAUGUUACAUUGGGUUUUUGGAAAAUUCAUCUUGCAAUUGUACUAGAUUAGUCAUUUAAGUUUGCUUUUCUCUAAAAUAUAGAUUCUGUAACAUUAUGCUACACAAAUCUAUUUUUUGUGUAUAAAUGUUUGUUGUGUUAUUGAUCUGACAGGAACAAUGUUGACAGUAUAACCCUCUCCCAUUAUAUUAGGGAUGCCCUCUCCAAUUCAUCACACGCCACAUGAACUACUUGAUAGAAACCCCACUUCUGUAGUUGGCUGCAAACCAUAAAGUCACACCCACUUCACAUGGACUCCACCUUAACUUCAAACCAACACUUUUAUAGUGACUUUGUCUUUAUAUAUCCCUUAAUCAAUUCUUCUCUUUCAUUUAAAUCAUAUAUUCAAUCAUUCAUUUAUCCCCAUCAAAAUUUGGGAGUUAGGGAGAUUUUUCUCCCAUUUUUAGGAUGGUUUUUAUGCACUCAAUUCAUAGAUCCUUAAAAAAAAAAAGGCAUACUAACUGCUCUAUAAAUAUAGUUAAAAUAUAACAGAAAAAACAUAAAAAAAAAAAACUUUUUACAGUAGUAACUUUGAAAGCAAAAUGGAACUAAGUAUUCUUACAAUUUUAUUAAUAUCAUUGUUCUAGAUCGGCCAAAAAUCUAAUCAAGAUAAAUCCACUUAU